CAAUCUGGCUUCUGAGAUGCAAAUUUUUAGGCGACAAGAAACACAAUCCAAAUUCAAUUAUCUUCAAUCAAUCUCAUCUAAAAAUGAUCAAUUUGGGAGUAUAGAUUAUUCCUACUAGACAAACAAAUCUUAAAGUAUACGUUGAUUUACAUUCUCCUCAAACCCAACAAAUCCCUACACAUUUUGGAUUUUAUGAUUUUUUCUCCGGCUUCAUCAACCCCAAUAUUGAAAAACAUAUUCUUUUUUUCACAAUUUGUGUUAAAGAUUAAAUUUUGUAAUCUGGGUUUUUGUUGAAGUUGUGAUGGGCUGGAGAUACAAGGGUGGUCUGAUGUUGAUUGGUGUGGUGGUCUUCAUUUGGGUUUCCUCUGCGGAGGUCACUCAGCGUAUUUUCAGAGUGUAUGAGCAACCAUUUGCAGUGACAUAUCUAGGAGCUUCUUUAAUGGUGAUUUACUUGCCUAUAUCAUUUCUCAAAGAGUGGAUGUGUAACUGUGUGAAGAGACGCUCACCCGAAUCUCCUCUGAAGUACAUUGGAGGGUCGAAUCGAGAAUCUUUCAGCAGAAAAGACAGCGACUUAGACCUCUCUCAACACGAGGAAGGAAUAGCUUUGGUUUCUGAACAUGGAGAUGCUGCUAGAGUGAUCAGAUAUAAAAAUGAGUUUGCAAUGAAACAUAUUGCUAUAUAUGGAUUCUACAUGGCACCUCUUUGGUUUAUCACAGAGUACUUAUCAAACGCUGCACUUCUACGUACAAGUGUGGCGAGCACGACUGUUUUAUCGUCUACCUCGGGGCUGUUCACUCUCAUGAUCGGUGCGUUUCUGGGAGAGGACUCCAUAAAUGUAGCAAAGGUAGUUUCUGUGCUGGUCAGCAUUCUUGGUGUUGUGAUGACAACUCUAGGAGGGACUUGGGCCUCUGAUGAUGACUUACAACUAGAUUCUUCGUCGAGAGGUACGCUCGUUGGGGAUCUUCUUGGGCUGCUAUCAGCCGUAACGUAUGGCUUAUUCACAGUACUUCUUAAGAAAAUUUCUGGGCAUGAAGAGAGGAGGGUGCAGAAGUUAUUUGGUUAUAUUGGAUUAUCUACACUAGUUUCACUUUGGUGGCUAGUAUGGCCACUGAGAGCUUUGGGAGUGGAGCCUGAGUCGACGUUCCCGACCUCUGCUAAGGUGGCGAAGCUUGUGGUGGCGAAUGGGCUCAUCGGAAGUGUGCUCUCCGACUAUUGUUGGGCCUUGAGUGUGGUGUGGACGACGCCGCUGGUGGCGACGUUGGGGAUGUCUCUCACCAUUCCGGUGGCCAUGCUGGCCGACAUGAUCAUCCACGGACGACACUAUUCUCUUAUCUAUAUCAUUGGCUCUAUUCAGGUGUUUGCUGGAUUUGUAAUAGCCAAUCUUUCUGAUUGGCUAUGACCACACUUGGACAUAUUAUGCUUAAAGGUGGAAGUUUGCUAAAUUGUUAAUACUACAAAAAUAGGGCCUUUUUCUUUUAUAUACAUAUUAUUAUAUAUAGUGACUAAUGAAGAUAAACAUUUAGGCAUUUCUCCU